UCCAAGUAGGGCUGGAUCGAAACUGUCAUUAUCGUUUGGGUCCAAAUCCAAAUUUCAGUUGACAUCACUCGGUAUACUCGAACUGAACCCUCUAUAUAUCAAAUACUUUUCUAAUAUUUUUUUAAGAGAUUCUUUUCACGAUGAAGCAAUUUGCACUGACGACCUGCAUCCGCCGUAUCUGGAUCAUGUCCGGAUGGUUGCGCCAGGAGGCGGCCAUUGCCGCUGGCAUGUUGGUGGUGCAGCGUCAUCAGGUGGACUUGAGAGAGGAGGAGGAGGAAGUCAAGGUCGAGCAGCAGGUGGCGGCCAGUGGUGGCGAGGUGGGCGUCGACUCGCAAGGGAGACUCCGCCGUGUGCGCAUGCUCGACGACUACGUUCUGCCCUUCGAAUGCGGCCUCUAAUUCUUGAUCCGUAACUCCCGAUCUUCUAUCUGGUUCCGCUCUUUAGCGUGUGCCUUGAGUUUGUUAGUUUCGCUUCUUGGAGUAAUUCGCUGUUCGCGGUUUUGGAGUUCAAAAGUGUAGCGUGGUAGAGGGCCCUUCCACGGAAACCACUUAUCCAAAUUUUGGUCUCAACCACAUA